AUGGCAGGUAGCAGUCUGGUGCUCUUAGAUGCUUUUCUCGAGAGAUUUUUCAUUGCUCCAAAAGCAAUCUGCCUUGACAUCGUCGGUGCUCACUGGAAUGUAUGGAGCUCUACAUCGACGAUCAAUCGCGUCACCUCAAUUAGAACUGCAGUUUUACGACCACUACUUGCCUUCCGCAAUCUUCGUAAGCUCGACUUCAGAGCCUACCAGAACUAUACUUUGCGAUGGGAUGAUGCUGUCCUUUUGCAGAUGGCGAAGUCUUGGCCCCUCCUGGAAGUGUUGCAUCUCAAUCGAUACGACCAUUCGAGUCGUGGAGUCACUCCCAGUGCCUUCGCCUCGCUGUUGCGGCAUUGUCCCUGUUUAAUAUCGGUUGCCAUUAUCGUGAACUGGUCUACUAUCGACGAAUGUGACGUAUCUCCGGAUGCUCCUCACCGAGGAUCUGCACACAAGGCAUUAUCUGAGGCAUUCUUUGGCAGUCCAAGGAUUCGCCAUCCGACAAGGAUCGCCGCUUUCCUUUCGGCCAUCGCGCCCAAUCUGGAGUCGAUUGUUAUAUGGGACCCCCAGUUUGGUAGGGAACAGCAAGACUCUAAAAAAUACAUCAAUAGGUGGAAAUGCGUCUGUGAUUUAAUCAAGGCUUUCUCCGUAGUCUGCGAGCAGGUCAGGAGGAUGGUGCUGAAUGCAGGCGAAGGGGUUGAUGGAAAUGAGAGUUCAUACAACCACCACGGAAUCACGCAGCCAGCUUAUGAGACCGAAAAUGGCGAUGCGGCGAUUGGUGAGGGUGACAAUGGUGAAGAUGGAGAGGUUUCUGAAGAAGAUAGUGGAAGCGAGAGUGAGUCAGAAUAUACGUCUGACGAGUCCUCGGAGGAGUGA